UAUUGUCGUCAUUUCCUGAAGCUGCUCCGCAUCCUCUUGGCUACGUUUCAGCCGUUCCUUUGGAAGGGGAAGGAAAGAUGUCAGGUACCGGGGGAGGGAAACGUCCCUCAGGUGGAGACAGUCCCCCUGGUCCCCCUGAGAAGAAAAGCAAAAAAGAGGAGAAGACUACGACCACUCUCAUUGAGCCCAUUCGAAUAGCAGGGGUGUCAUCCACUGAGGAAAUGGACAUGAAAGUAAUGCAGUUUAAGAACAAAAAGCUGUCUGAGAGACUUGAACAGAGACAGGCGAUGGAGGACGAGUUACGAGAGAAAAUUGAGAAGCUGGAGAAGAGACAAGCCACUGAUGACACCACUCUACUAAUUGUCAACCGUUACUGGUCACAGUUGGAAGAGAAUGUGCAAAUUUUACGCAAACGCAUUGAGCCCCAGUCUCCAGUAAAAUCCACCCCGGCGAUACCCAUGGUCCCCGUCUCUGAUCCAACUCCUAUGGAUGAAGAUGGGGUCAGUCUGUCUUCACCAACAUCUUCCGUUCCCCUUCCUCCCCUUCCUGAGGCCCAACAUGAAGAGGAGCGAGUAGAGAAACAGCAAGAGGAAAGUCAGGAGCAGCAUCAGGAAGAGCGCCAGGAGGAGCAACAGCAACAGCAGCCUCCUCUUCCUGCUGGAUCAGAAGAGACAAUGGCACCAACUGAGCCUCCUCAGGAGUCAACCGCAGAAACCACACCACCUCCUCCUCCUCUAAGUGAGAAUGCCAAAGGGUUUCUAACCACACUGGAACACAGCAGCGAGGAAGAGCUCAGCCUUCACCUUCAAGGUCGCAUGCAGUUCAGCAAAGAGGCCAUCGCCUGUUUGGUCUGCGUGUUUGACAGGCUGCACAGCCGAAUCUCUGACAUGUGCAAACAAGUCCAAACUGCCACAUGUGAGGAUGACAGCCAGUCUGACAUCAUCAGUUUAAUGCACACACUUCUGGAUGACAAUAACCGACUGAGGGAUCUGGCCACCGUCCUGCAGGGUCGUCAUCAUAAAAUGUCUAUGGAGUACAAUGAGUUGGUAGACAAGGUGACCAGCUCUGAGACCAAGGUCUCUGAGAUGGAGACAACAGUAGAGGAUCUGCAGUGGGACAUUGAGAAACUCCGCAACAGGGAACAGAAGCUCAACAAACAUCUGGCUGAGGCCAUGGAGCAGCUGAAGUCUGGAUACAGCAGCACUGGCAGCUCUGGUGGUCUCCCUGGUGGUCAGAUUACACUGAACAUUCAGAAGUUUGAGAGUCUCAAUGCGGAACUGGAGCACAACCAGGAGUUGGCAAAUAGCCGCAUGGCAGAGUUAGAGAAACUGCAGGCGGAACUACAGGAGGCUGUGAGAGAAAGCGAGAAGCUCAAGAUGGAUUUGCGCAACAUUCCAGAAGAGGUAGUAAAGGAAACCUUGGAGUACAAAUGUCUGCAGUCUCAGUUUUCUCUGCUGUACAAUGAGUCUCUAGGGGUCAAAACACAACUGGAUGAGGCACGGGCGCUCCUGCUCACUGCAAAGAACGCCCACCUCCGACAUAUAGAACACAUGGAGAGUGAUGAGUUGUCUGUUCAAAAGAAGCUGCGGACUGAAGUCAUUCAGCUGGAAGAUACCUUGGCCCAGGUGCGCAAAGAGUAUGAAAUGCUGCGCAUUGAGUUUGAGCAGAACCUGGCAGCCAAUGAACAAGCAGGACCAAUCAACAGGGAGAUGCGACACCUGAUCAGCAGUCUGCAGAACCACAACCUGCAGCUCAAAGGAGAUGUACAGCGUUAUAAGAGGAAGCUACGUGAAACCCAGAUGGAGAUCAAUAAGUUGCGGUGUCAAAGCGGUGACACAGGGGUCCUGAUUCUAGAGGAGACGACGAGUGACAGCAUGGAUGUGAAGAAAGAGGAGGAUGAAGAUCAGGAGGAAGAGGAAGAGAGGAAGAAGGAGCUGGAAAGGCAAAGAGCCAGGGAGAGAGAGAGGGAGGCUGAGCGAGAGCGGGAAAGGGAGAGAGAGAGGGAGAGGCAGCGCAGUGAUGAGAUGAAGAGGAAAGACUCGGACACACUGAAGAUGCUACGAGUGGAACUCAAGAAAGCCCAGGAGUCCCAGAAAGAGAUGAAGCUCUUGUUAGACAUGUAUAAGUCGGCACCAAAGGAACAGAGAGAUAAAGUGCAGCUCAUGGCUGCUGAGCGGAAAGCCAAAGCGGAGGUUGAUGAGAUGAGGAUGAGGGUACGAGAUCUGGAAGAAAGGGAGAGGAAGGAGAGCAAGAAGCUGGCUGAUGAAGAUGCCCUCAGGAAGAUCAGAGUUGCAGAAGAGACAAUUGAGCACCUGCAGAAGAAACUCGCAGCCACCAAGCAGGAGGAAGAAGCCCUGCUGAGUGAGAUGGACGUCACUGGCCAGGCCUUCGAGGACAUGCAGGAGCAGAACAGCCGACUACUGCAGCAGCUGCGGGAGAAGGACGACGCCAACUUCAAGCUGAUGAGCGAGCGAAUUAAAUCCAACCAGAUCUACAAGCUGCUGAAGGAGGAAAAGGAGGAGCUGGCUGACCAAGUUCUGAGAUUUAAAACACAGGUGGACGCCCAGCUGCUGGUUGUGCAGAAGCUGGAAGAAAAAGAGGGCGUCCUGCAGAGCACGCUGGCCACUCUGGAGAAAGAGCUUGCCGUCCGGAUGCAAGCCUUGGAGCUCAACAAAAGAAAGGCAGUGGAGGCAGCCCAGUUGGCAGAAGACCUGAAGGUGCAGCUGGAACACACGCAGUCCAAGCUUAAGGAGAUCCAGGUCUCUGUGGCCGAGAACAGAACAGCCAGAGAGAGGGAGAGCAGCAACCUAAAACGAGCACAGGAGGAUCUGUCCAGGCUGAGACGGAAGCUGGAGAAGCAGAAGAAGAUGGAGGUUUACACUGACGCUGAUGAGAUCCUGCAGGAGGAGAUUAACCAGUACAAGGCCAAGCUGCGCUGCCCCUGCUGCAACACACGAGACAAGGAGACGGUGCUCACCAAGUGUUUCCACGUCUUCUGCUACGAAUGUCUGAAGAUGCGUUACGACACCAGACAGAGGAAGUGCCCGAAGUGCAACUGCGCUUUCGGAGCCAACGACUUCCACCGCAUCUACAUCACCUAAGACGGAGAUCAGAACCAAAGUAGAGAACGGAACAGAGAAAACACAAAGACUGGAGAUUUUUUCAGACACAUGCAGACAUGUUUCUCUGUUUGAGUCUCUCCCUUUGGAAAGACUUUUUUUUUACUGCGUCAUUGCUGAUUAAUGUGGUGACCAAACAAUGACACACAGUUGUGCCGUAGCUAAUAAACACAGUUGUUUGUGCUAAAA